CGAGCUACGAGCUAGCGCUGAUCCACCCAAAACACCGAAACUCCACAUAUUGCAACGAUGUUCAAACUUUUGAUAUUGGUCGUCCUCGUUCCAGCCGUCAUGCUGCAGAAUGCCGACAACAUCGACUACGAGUCAUGGGAUGUCGUUCCGGCUAGGAGUUGCGCUAAUGGUCAACCGUCGCCAAAGACAGUUCGCAUCGAGAACUGCCCCGCAUUCCCGUGUAACCUUCCUCGAGGUACCGAUGCUAACAUGGUUAUGGAAUUCAGCGCUGCUCGGGAUGCCACGAACCUGAAUACCACCGUGCUGGCUACCGCCCUGGGAAUCACCGGACCAUAUCAGCUUCCGGCGGAGCGUGCUGCCGCCUGCAAUUGGCUGGUGCAGUCCCGCUGCCCGAUCAGUUCCGGCGAAGAUCUGAUCUACCACCUGAGUAUGCCGAUCACCGCGAUCUACCCGCUGGUCAGCGUUACCAUCCAGAUUGACAUUAUCGACAACACCGAACAAUCGCAAGGAUGCUUCAUUGUUGAUGCUCGUGUUGUUGCGAACUGAGCUGGACUGAAAGAUUAGUUAUGACAUUACCAUACCUCGCGGCUUCCAUGUGAAGAUUAUUCAUUAUUAUUUAUCCAUUGAAAAUAUAAACAUGCAUUGACUGAGUUAGAA